GGGAGUUGGUGGCUGAGCGCGGGGCAACAUGAGCCAGCAGGGAGCUGCCCUUCAGACUUACAACAACGAGCUGGUCAAGUGUAUAGAAGAUUUGUGCAGCAAGAGAGAUGAGUUAAAUCGGCAGAUUCAGCAGGAGGAGGAAGAGAAACACAAGCUGCAGAAUGACAUCCGAAUCCUGACUGAGAAGCUGUCCAGAGUCAAUGAGAACCUGGCAAGGAAGAUGGCUUCCCGGAACGAGUUUGACAAAACCAUUGCUGAGACAGAAGCAGCUUACAUGAAGAUUUUGGAAAGUUCUCAGACAUUACUAAAUGUCCUGAAGAGAGAAGCCGGAAAUCUGGGGAAAGCCACAGACUUGCGAGGAAAUGCCACAAACAGCUAAUAAUCCUGAAAGUGCUGUUCGUUACACCUUUCCAUCCCAAUCCUUGCUGUGCAUUAUGGGAAACGCUGGGACCUCACUUGGUACCAUUUCAAGAAUCGGUACCAGGUUGUAUUUUGAUAUAUAUUCACUUUAAUAAAGAUAAUAGGAUUAGAACUUUUUAUUUGGAUGUUAACAGAAUGUGGAAAAUUACAUUUUAUAUAGUUUUGUGAAUAAACCUGCUUCUUGCAA